CGGCUCUGAGCUUCAGUCAGCGCGAAGCGCCCCGACCCGCGUCCUCCGCGAGCCCGCCCCGAGACCCGCGUCCGCCGCCGCCGCCCGCUCUGAGGAGCCGCCGUCGCGCGCUUCCCCUCGCCCCUUUCCCCUCAGCGCCAUGGCCUCGGGAUCCGAUUCUAAAGCAGAUGACUUAUCGACUGCUAUUCUGAAGCAGAAGAACAGGCCCAAUCGGUUAAUUGUUGAUGAAGCCAUCAAUGAAGACAACAGUGUUGUAUCACUGUCCCAGGCAAAAAUGGAUGAAUUGCAGCUGUUCAGAGGAGACACUGUUCUCCUAAAAGGAAAGAAGAGGAGAGAAGCAGUCUGCAUUGUUCUGUCAGAUGAUACCUGCUCCGAUGAGAAGAUUCGCAUGAAUAGGGUUGUUCGCAACAACCUGAGAGUGCGCCUGGGUGAUGUGAUCAGCAUCCAACCCUGUCCAGAUGUGAAGUAUGGCAAACGUAUCCACGUGCUGCCGAUCGAUGACACAGUAGAAGGAAUCACGGGGAAUCUCUUUGAGGUCUAUCUCAAACCAUACUUCUUGGAAGCAUACAGACCAAUCAGGAAAGGUGACAUUUUCUUGGUGCGUGGAGGGAUGCGUGCAGUGGAGUUCAAAGUGGUGGAGACAGAUCCAAGCCCCUACUGCAUAGUGGCUCCGGACACCGUGAUCCACUGCGAGGGAGAGCCCAUCAAACGAGAGGAUGAAGAAGAGUCAUUGAAUGAGGUGGGCUAUGAUGACAUUGGUGGCUGCCGGAAGCAGCUGGCUCAGAUCAAGGAGAUGGUGGAACUUCCCCUCCGACAUCCUGCUCUCUUCAAGGCCAUAGGGGUGAAGCCUCCACGGGGAAUCCUGCUAUAUGGUCCACCUGGCACUGGCAAAACACUGAUUGCCCGAGCAGUGGCCAAUGAAACUGGGGCUUUCUUCUUCCUGAUUAAUGGUCCUGAGAUCAUGAGCAAGCUGGCCGGUGAGUCUGAGAGCAACCUGAGGAAAGCCUUUGAAGAAGCUGAAAAGAAUGCACCUGCCAUCAUUUUCAUUGAUGAACUGGAUGCCAUUGCUCCGAAAAGAGAGAAGACGCAUGGAGAGGUGGAGCGUCGCAUAGUGUCCCAGCUGUUGACUCUUAUGGACGGGCUGAAACAGCGAGCACAUGUGAUUGUUAUGGCAGCUACCAACAGACCUAACAGCAUUGACCCAGCACUCAGGCGAUUUGGUCGUUUUGACAGAGAGGUAGAUAUUGGUAUCCCAGAUGCAACUGGUCGCCUGGAGAUCCUGCAGAUCCACACGAAAAAUAUGAAACUGGCUGAUGAUGUGGAUCUGGAACAGGUGGCAAAUGAGACCCAUGGACACGUUGGUGCUGACUUGGCUGCUCUUUGCUCAGAAGCUGCUCUUCAGGCCAUCAGAAAGAAGAUGGAUCUCAUAGACCUGGAAGAUGAAACCAUUGAUGCUGAAGUUAUGAACUCGCUGGCUGUGACCAUGGAUGACUUCAGGUGGGCUCUGAGCCAGAGCAACCCUUCUGCUCUUCGGGAGACUGUGGUGGAGGUGCCACAGGUUACCUGGGAAGAUAUUGGUGGUCUAGAAGAUGUAAAGAGAGAACUCCAGGAGCUUGUACAGUAUCCUGUGGAGCACCCAGACAAGUUCCUCAAAUUUGGCAUGACUCCAUCAAAGGGCGUUCUGUUCUAUGGGCCACCUGGCUGUGGUAAAACACUUCUGGCCAAAGCCAUUGCCAAUGAAUGCCAGGCAAACUUCAUUUCCAUCAAGGGGCCGGAAUUGCUCACCAUGUGGUUUGGAGAGUCAGAAGCCAAUGUGCGCGAGAUCUUUGACAAGGCCCGCCAAGCAGCCCCUUGUGUUCUCUUCUUUGAUGAGCUGGACUCCAUUGCAAAGGCUCGAGGUGGGAAUAUUGGAGAUGGUGGUGGUGCUGCAGAUCGUGUCAUCAACCAGAUCCUGACAGAGAUGGAUGGAAUGUCCACCAAGAAGAACGUCUUCAUCAUCGGUGCUACCAACAGGCCAGACAUCAUUGAUCCAGCUAUCUUGCGCCCUGGCCGCCUGGAUCAACUCAUCUACAUCCCCCUGCCUGACGAGAAGUCCCGGGUUGCUAUUCUUAAGGCCAACCUGAGGAAAUCACCAGUUGCUAAGGAUGUUGACCUGGAUUUCCUAGCUAAGAUGACCAAUGGCUUUUCGGGGGCUGACCUGACAGAAAUUUGCCAGCGUGCCUGCAAACUGGCCAUCCGAGAGUCCAUUGAGAGUGAGAUCAGGCGAGAACGUGAGAGGCAGACCAACCCUUCUGCCAUGGAAGUGGAGGAGGAUGACCCGGUUCCUGAGAUACGCAGGGAUCACUUUGAGGAGGCCAUGCGCUUUGCUCGCCGCUCUGUCAGUGAUAAUGAUAUCAGGAAAUACGAGAUGUUUGCACAGACUCUGCAGCAGAGCCGCGGCUUUGGCAGCUUCAGGUUCCCAUCAGGUAACCAGGGAGGCGCUGGGCCGAGCCAAGGCACAGGAGGUGGCAGCGGGGGCAAUGUGUACAGUGAAGACAACGAUGAUGAUCUCUAUGGUUAACUCGCUGUCCUCAGUGGACCAAACUCCAAAUCAGGCCACGUUGUACAGGGAAAAUCCAACGUUAAUGGACUUUCGGCUUCUUCAUUCCUCAGUGAAAACAGUGUAGGUGCACGUCAGACUUUGUACAGGGGAUGUUUUCUGCAAACACAAAUCCAGACCGAUGUUCAGUUGGGAGGCAGACAGUGAAUUAACAAGAAGGGGAUCCUACUUAAUUUCUGAGAAAUUUCUGUUCUAGUUUAUGUGGCAGAAUCAGCAGCUUUAGCAAAGGGUACAACGCUAGCCUGUAUUAAAAAAAAAAAAAAAAAAAAAAAAAAAAAAAGAAAACUACAAAAAUAAUAAUUAAAAAAAAAGAAUAAAAUCCCACAAAACUCUA